AUGCAAAACAUUUUAACUCAAUAAUCCCAGUUUUUUGAAUUGCUAGACAAAUAAGUUGAUGCUUACAAAACUCUUUUGGAUUAACUCAAUACAAGCUAAGAUAAAUUCAAUAAUCUUCUUACAGACUAUUUGCUUAAAUUUCAAUAAAUUAAUAAUAAACUCCUUUAAUAAGGAAAACCUGAAUUCUCUUGCUCAUAAAUCUUAAUUAAACGAAAUGAUGAAUUAUUCACUAAUUCCUAAUUAAAUAUAUCCUUCAACUUAAGAUCUGUAACUUUAUUAAUUUUUAUUAUAAUAGUUACUGGAUAAGUAAUACAAAUACAGGUUAACUCUAGCAGAUCCUCUUGAAACACCACUUUAUAGAGAUCGUAUCUUUUAAUUAAGAGUUGAGCUUAAAAAUAAGAAUGGAGAAUUAGUCCGUAAUCCUAAUAAAAUUGAAUUGGUUGUUGCAAUCUAUUCUUAAGAAUAGUAUCCAAAAGAAAUCAAAGUUAAUAACAAAGGUGAAUAAAUAUUAAAAGGACAUUUAUGUGUACCCUUAAUUAAAGGCACAGCUUUCUUUACUAGAGUUUAAAUUAGAGAAGUAUCUUCACACUAUCAAAACGGAGGAAUUAUUCUUGCAAUAUUACCUCAAUUUAAACUAAAUGAUGAACCUAUAAAUGGUCGUGAUAUCUAGCCUAUGAUAGUUGAAAAUAUCAAAGUUAAGGCUAAAAAGUUUUCAGAACGUCACAUUCCAGUCUAUGUUAAUUAAUGA